AUGACCCAUGCAGCUGGCGACUUCGCGAGUCGGUUCGAGCCGGCUAUCGAGGACGUCGACGGCCAUGCUGUCCACCAGUUUCGGGGAAUCCAAUAUGGAACGGUUGCAGCACGAUUUGCCGAACCAGAGGCGGUUCUGUACAAAGAAUCCACACUGAAAGUCGAUUGCACCAAAUUCGGGCCGAUCUGUCCCCAGGUCUCAAUUGACUUUCAUCAUCUUUUGCGUGUCCCAAAAACUAUCCAACUCCAAGAGUCUCCGGUCGCUCAAGACGAGUUUGGGUGUUUGAAUCUAGACAUCACGGCGCCAGCUACUAUCCCACGGAAGCUUCCAGUUCUGAUAUGGAUUCAUGGCGGAUCACAAGCGAUGACCUUCAUGCCUGCAUCAUCUCCGUGUGCUGAUGUGGUCCCCUUCGUCGCCAACUCGAUCAAACAAGAUGAGCCACUCAUUGUUGUAUUUGUAAACUACAGGCUGAGUAUAUUCGCAUUUGGGAAUGGCAAGGGGAGCAAGAAUCUCGCAUUGAAGGAUCAACGGGUGGCCAUUGACUGGGUGGUCAAACACAUUGAUAGCUUUGGUGGGGAUCCGAAUAACAUCACGCUAGCAGGCGAAAGUGCCGGCGCGGUCUAUGUACACGCGCACGUGUUGACAGGCAGCCCCGUCCAGAGGGCCAUUCUCCAGUCCGGCUCUCUCUAUCUCUCACAGCCACAGAACUUCGCUAAGGGAGAUAUGCUGUGCGAAAAGCUGGACAAGAUACUUCGUCCAGAUGACCUUGCCAGCGCCUCGGUGCCCAAGGUUCUGAGUGCUCUCGAAGAAGCCAACGUGGUCUCCCUGUGGCUGCAGCUGACGCCAGAGCUUGAAGGUUGGGAGACUCAGCCAUCUCACGUCCAGGAAUUCUUGAUCGGGGACGUCGAGUUCGAGUCGGCCAUCUGGCGCAGUGGAGUCGGCGAUUUGAACCCGAGCGAGAUCACUAGCUAUUUCGACUCGACCGGCGAGUAUGCGGAGGAGCUUAAGCGCGUCUACAACAUCGUCGAGGACAGGUACGCGAGCUGUACGCUGGGGGCGCUGGACUUUAUCAACGACACCCGCUUCUCCUAUCCCGUGAUGCGCAUGGUGGAGGAGUUGCGCGCGCGAGGCGCCACGGUCUACAACUACGUGUUCGACGAGCCCAAUCCGUGGCAGGCGUCGGCCAGAGCACACCAUGCUGUCGAGCUGGUCUUGCUCUUCGGUCGGAUCGACUGGACCGAGAAGCCGGCGGCGGCAGAAACACAGCAGCAGAUUCGGGAUCGCUGGUCCCUCUUCUGCGGCGGGAAGGCGCCGUGGAAGCAGGAUCGCGUUUACGCUUUCGGUCCGCAUGGCAGAUGUGGCAUCAUCUCCCAGCUUGAGUACAGCAACCGGCGCCGGGUGGAUGCGUGUAAGCUCUUGGAGAAGAUGGGCGCGAAGGAAUACGAUGCACUUUGUGCCCGGUUAGCCGCGGGAAGGAUUAGUCUACUGAACUGA